UCAGUGCUUGCGUGUUGCUUGACAGUGUACGACCAAAGCUUUUCUCGAUGAUCUCAAUGAAUGCUAUUAAUACUCAAAUGGUGUUGACAGCGACACAGUGAUCCAUUCCAGUGUGUACAAUAAACGCUGUGAAUGAAUACGACUAACAGCGGCAGGCAGAAAAAGGCAAAUGACUGCAAGCGACAGCAACAGAAAGGGCGGUGGUGUAUGUGAGUGCGUUGUGUAAACAACUUGUUUUAUUCUAGUGAUAGAAAAAAAAAAAGAUUCCCUCGGUACGUAACAGUUUUGUCAGAAUCUUACAAGCGUGCAGACACUGUGGUUGGUGGUGGAAAUUGAAAAAGUUGGACUAAUUUCCGUUCUCAAUUCAGUUUGUCACUCUAAGUGGUUGCCCUCGAGAAGUGGGCAGUGGUUGCUGCAUCGAUCCAAAACGUACGGUUCAACCAAAACAGAAAAAAAACAUCGCGGAAAAAUGGACUUGUUACUAAAUGUCCACAGUAAUCUCGAACCCCCGAAACCCGACGGAAGCACCUACUUGAUGAAAGGGAACUAUCACUUCUAUCACUACGGAUGCGACGGAUUUCAGGAUGUGGGCUGGGGCUGCGGAUAUCGGACGCUGCAAUCGAUUUGCUCCUGGAUAAUCGAGAAGAAUGGUCUAGACAAGAAGGUGCCCAACAUCCCCACCAUCCAGCAAACACUGGUCGAAAUCAAAGACAAACCGGAGCGGUUUUUCGGUUCGCGCGAAUGGAUUGGUACCCUGGAAGCGAUCUACGUGAUCGAUACGUUGUUCGAUGUGUCCUGCAAGGUCGUGCAUAUCUCGAAAAAGGACAGUAUCGCGAAACACAGCGACAUGCUGAAGGAAUACUACGAAACCCACGGGGGACUGAUAAUGAUGGGUGGGGACAUGGACGCGGCCUCCAAAGGAAUCGCCGGCAUCCAUAUCAGCGCCGAUCAGGACGUCUAUCUGCUUGUGGUCGAUCCCCACUUUGUCGGUAAAAUUAAAACCAAAGAAGAACUGUACACGAAAAAUUACGUCAAGUGGCAGAAAGUGGAUGAGUUCGUAGAUAGCUCCUUCUACAAUAUUUGCCUUCCGGUGUUAAAAAGUAAGGACGCUCUAUAAGCUGCGUUAGAGAAGCGUUAAACGUUACCCCGGUAUGCACUGAAACGUUCGCACAUUUAUAUGUACCACCAGAAAAUUUCGAGAAAACAAAAUCUUGACCAAUUCGAAUUUGUGGCAAACACGGUUUUAUUCGGUUGUAGAACUCAUAAUGUGUUAAAUGUAUGUGGCGAUUAUAUCAAUGCUCAAUACGGUAGCGUUGGAAUUGAAUAGUUCUAGAACCGAUCAGUGUACAAGUUUACAGAACCCCGUUCACAACCAUGCACAAGAGCAUUUAAAACUAACGCCUAUUAGCCUAUUACCAGCCCAACGUGCAGCAGCAAGCUACGCUGAUGUGAGAUUAAGUAGAAAGCGCAUCUAUAGUGAAAUUUAGCAAACGGGUUAAUUAGCAAAAUAUUUUUAAAACAAAAAUGAAAUAGCUAAUGCAUGUUUUGGACUAUUAAAAUUAGCUGCAUUUCACCUAAUAGAUUGUAUUAGCACGGAGUGAGUGCAACUGGAUAUCAUAGGGCUCAUAUUUUCACUAGAGCCGAACGAUUCAGCCGUAAAUCAUAUUCAUAAUCCACUGACGUAGUCAAUCGUGCUGCGCGAAAAAGUUACGAUUGUGUAGCCAUACCCAAAUAUCAUAAAGAAUCGAUCAUUAUACUCGAAAUGCCAUAUCGUUCUCUCAAGCAUCUACGUAGACAUUCGGAGGACCUGCGUUCCGCGGAUCUUCAACGUUCAAUUUUUCUAAAACUUUCUACUGCAUGCUCUCAAAAGAACAAACAACUGUACUCACACUCUCACAGACACUGCCGAUUGGAAUCUUUUUUUUGUAACUCAAUAUUCUCUUCGGUUCAUUUCACGGUUAUUUUAUACGGAAGAAACAAAGAAAAAAAAAAGGGAAAAAAGAGAUCGCUAAAAGCAAGAGGACGAAAAUUUCGAUUGGCAAAAAAUUUCCGAGGAAUCGUUCUAUCCUGAUUGGAAACCUGAUUGUAUUAUAAUUGGAGUAAGUGAUUUUAAUUGCUAGAGAAAAUUUUCCGUGGUUUAUCAUAUUUAUUAUAUCUAUAUUGUUGAUUUGUGUCAUUAAGAGAUAAAAGUUUUUUCAUAUUACUGUUUCUAUGUAGAA